AUUGAAAUGAGAUUAGCCCGACGACUCUAGGUCAUAAAUGAGGUUAACCGUGAGAAUAAGUGGGUUGUGAAAAUUAUUGAACUGAAAAGAACGUUAUCCACUGUUUCAAAAUAUCGUUAAAUGACAUUUCAGUAAAAGUUACGAAAGCAAGUUUCAGAAAUGUGCCUGUUAUUUGUUUACGUGAAUGAGAACCCAGAGGAGAAUGGUUACAAGUUGAUCCUUGCAAGUAAUCGAGACGAGUUCUGGCCAAGGCCAACAGAUACAGCUAAAUUCAGGGAUGACUCAAAAUGGAUGGGAGGUGCUGAUUUGGAGCCUGGAAGAGAGGGAGGGUCAUGGCUAGGUAUUUCUACAUCAGGAAAGAUUGGAGUUCUUCUUAAUGUUCUAGCUAAACAGAGACUAGAUGCUAAAGGCAGAGGGUCACUGGUUCGGGAUUUCCUAAGGGGAGAUGAAUCUUGUGAAGAAUAUUUAGACAGAAUUUCUUUAUCUUCAUCAGAAUAUAAUCCAUUUCAUCUUAUUCUUCUAGAUCUCAGGGAUGAUUGCAGCUAUCAAAAGCUUGAUAAAAUGUCUCGGGAAAAUUUAUUUAAAAGUGAAGAAAACCCCCAAGGUUUAAAGUAA